GUGUCUGCGCUUGUCGCAUAUCUCAGUGUCGGCUUUCGUUCAUUGUGUUGAGGGCGAGAGUGCAACAAUUAUACUGCUGACUAUUCGUGGGAAAACGGACAUUUUAAAUACUACAUCAAGGGGAACCUGGAGUUAGCUAUCUUGAGCGCUAAAUUAAAAAGAAACACGAAAUAUGGGCUGCUAGCAAAGUUUAUUAUCUCGCUACUCUUAAUUCGCAGGUAUUACCGACUUCACACAUCUGAUAUCCGAAUGGCAAGACUUAUCUGAGAUCAUCAGAUGGUCCACAAAGAUGACAUCUCUUGCAGUCAAAAGCUGACGUCAUAACCUGCAGUGUGAGAGGAUGGAUAACAUGGAAAGUUCUGUCUCUGAUUGUAAUGUUUCCAAUGGGUACGUCAACAAAGUCUUCAGCGUGUCUCUGGAUAUGGAGAGUGAAACAGGGAUUGUGCAAAUUCGCAAAUCCAAGGAUCUUAAAGAAUCUUUGGAUCUGGCUUCCUUUCAGGAUCCAAUCAAAGAGAAACAGGAAAUGAACCGGGCAUCCAAAACCACAGGCAUAUGGAGGAUUCUCAACCACCGAAGAAUUGCUUCUGACCAUGAUAGACGACCACAAUCCAUGAUACUUCCAGGGGAAACAUCUACCUCAAAGCAGUCAUUUGCUGACAAAGUAAAGGGUUUCAAAAAUUUGAAGUCCCCCUUUGUCUUCAGAGGUAAAUCUUGCAAGCUUUCCAAUCCCAAGUUCCACAGUGCACUUAAAGCCGAAACAAAUGAGUACAGCAGGAACUCUCCUGCUUUGUUAUACUCUCAAAGGAACAUACUCAGGAAUAAAGGCAAAAGGCACUCAUAUGCAGGUUACACUACUGAGUUUGAUUGCUCUUUUGAGGAUAUUGACUUUGCUACUACAAUUGACAGUGAUGACCAGUUGCCUAUGAAUGCAGGUAAGCAACAGAAGACUCACCUAUGCACAAAGAUAGCUCACUCAAACUGCAACAACUCAUUUGUGACAGACUAUGAAGAACAGUAUGUGAAAGAGAGCCCCAAAGUACCUCUAGGAGGCAGACGGUCAAAAGGAGGUGAUGUUUGGAAUUACUUGAAAAGAAUUUCCUUUAUAGGAAAGGGAAGCUCAACUUUGUUGGAGAAGAGCUUUGACUCCAUGCAUACACUGGACAAAACAAUCAACUCAGACUAUGGCUCUGUUGACAUAGAGUGUAUUAAAGACUCCAUGCCUAUACCUAAACAGACAGGUCCAGAUAUCAAAAGCAGCCACUUUAGGGGACUGGUUAGGUUCUUCAACAGCAUGGCUGAAACUGCUCGAAAAUGGAGGAACUCAUCCAGGCCCUUAUCACCUCCUGAAGGUGAAAGUCCCAAUACUGGUUCAGCAAGAACACAGCAGAUUCAAUUUAUCCAUACUAAUGUUAAUGCACUUAAGAGAAAACCUGAUGCUUUCACCAAGCUUGCCUUCACCCCUGAUAUAUGUGAGGUGAUCUCACAUGUUAAAGUUUCAAACAGGUCCCCAGAUACUGUGUUAAAAUCCUGGAAAGCAUGGCCAGAUUCAUCAAGCUCUAAUGGAUUCUCUGAUGGGACAGGAUCACAACACACCUCCACUCACACCUCUCUGGCCACCAUUGAGAACCACCAAAGAACUGAUGGCCCGGAAGGAAGUUCUCUGUCUGAGCAUGAUCUUCAGGUUGUCCUACAGGAACAAAGUGAAUCUGAGUCUUCUGGUAUUUUAGAUAAAAACAAAGGACAGACAGAUGGUGAAAAAAGGGGUUUUUCCAGUAAUAUCAUUCAUGACUGUCCAGAUGAAAUAUUUAAGACCCUUUCUCGCCCUCCUGGCAUGUCGCCUCAAGACCCUCCUUUUAAAUUGGUCCUGCAGAAGUGCCAUUCACUUCCUCUUCCGCAGAAUGCCAUGUCUGGAUCAACGGUAGGCAGCUUGCUGCUAGACCAAUCAGCUGAAUCUUUUAGGCAAUCAGCCACUGUCCUGAGCAGUAAUGGAAGCACAAAUGGAAAGAAAAUGAUCAGACCUGGUUCUGGACCUCUGCCAGUGCAUGUGUUGAUCAGUGGAGGGUCCAUCGUCAGUGCUGAGGCAGUAUGGGAUCAUGUGGCCAUGGCUGACCGUGAACUGGCUUUCAAGGCAGGAGACGUUAUUAAGGUUCUGGAUGCCUCCAACAAGGAUUGGUGGUGGGGGCAGAUUGAUGAUGAAGAGGGUUGGUUUCCAGCCAGUUUUGUGAGGGUUGAACCUCACCCUCCUCAACCCCAAACAAAACAGGUUUUCUAUAUCAACCCUAUAGCCACUCGAAGGUUCCAAAUCACAACAGCAAAGCUGUGGGUGAACCAGGAAGAUCGAUCCAUUGAAGCUGCGGAGGGCAGCAGUGAGGUCCAAAAUGGGCACCUGGAUGCAAGUAGUGACUGUCUCUGCUUGGGUCAGCCUCUACAGAACAGAGACCAGAUGAGGGCUAACGUAAUUAAUGAGAUCAUGAGCACAGAACGUCAUUACAUCAAGCACCUUAAAGAUAUAUGUGAGGGUUACUUGAGGCAGUGCAGAAAGAGGAUCGACAUGUUCAACGAUGACCAGGUAAAAGUAAUUUUUGGAAACAUCGAGGACAUCUAUCGAUUCCAGAUGGGAUUUGUUCGGGAUUUGGAAAAGCAGUACAACACAGAAGAGCCCCAUCUGAGUGAAAUAGGUCCAUGCUUCCUGGAACAUCAAGAUGGGUUCUGGAUCUACUCUGAAUAUUGCAACAACCAUCUGGAUGCAUGUAUGGAGCUAUCUAAGCUGAUGAAGGAUGGACGCUACCAGCACUUCUUUGAAGCAUGCCGUCUCCUGCAGCAGAUGAUUGACAUCGCAAUUGAUGGCUUCUUGCUGACCCCAGUGCAGAAGAUCUGCAAAUACCCACUGCAGCUGGCUGAGCUGCUCAAAUACACAGCACAGGAGCACAGUGACUAUCGUUAUGUGGCUGCAGCAUUAGCCGUCAUGAGGAACGUGACCCAGCAGAUCAAUGAGCGCAAGAGGAGACUGGAGAACAUUGACAAGAUUGCUCAGUGGCAAGCAUCCGUUCUAGACUGGGAGGGUAAUGACAUUUUGGACAGAAGCUCUGAGCUGAUAUACACAGGUGAGCUGUCUUGGAUCUACCAACCUUAUGGGAGGAGUCAACAUCGAGUCUUCUUCCUUUUUGACCACCAGCUAGUGUUGUGUAAAAAGGAUCUCAUACGACGUGACAUCCUUUACUACAAAGGUCGCAUUAACAUGGACAGGUAUGAAGUGAAAGAUGCAAUUGAUGGAUGGGAUGAUGACUUCAAUGUUAGCAUCAAGAAUGCUUUUAAACUGCACAACAAGGACACAGAGGAAAUUCACAUCUUCCUCGCCAAAAAAACGGAGGAAAAGAUUCGCUGGCUUAGGGCAUUUCAGGAAGAGCGGAAAAUGGUGCUGGAAGAUGAAAAAAUAGGCUUUAAAAUUUCUGAAUAUCAGAAACAUCAAGCUGCAAUGACAGUGCGUAAGGUGACCAAACAGAAAGGUGAGGCACCAAAGCGUUACCAGUAUUUUCUUGAAUUUGCAGAUUCAUUUAUAGAUAUCAUCUUGAGAAAGAGGGCCAUAUUAUAUGGACAUGCUCUAAAUCUAAACAGGUAUGUGCCAAAUUCAUCGUCUUGCCCCCAGGAGACCAUAGCCAAUGGACAGUUUGCAACCGCUGAUGACUUGGCACGCUCCAACCUAUAUGAGUUUCAUCAUCAAAUUCAAGCUCACUCACAAUUCUGGCAAAAUUUUGGAAGGUUUGCAUUGUUAAAAAAAUAACAGAAACAUUCAAAAGGUAACUGAAAUAACCAGCUGUUGCACGGAAUGGUGGAGAAUGACGUAGACCUUUCUCUAAUUGAUCCAUUCAUUCAUAAGCAGUACUAAAGAAUAUGCCUGUUUUAUUGGCUAUGUAUUAAUAUCACAAUUUUGCAGAAUUUUGAGACAGCAUUAAUGAAUAUCUUGUGCAAAAUAACAAAUAGGUACAUUAGAUUAUAGAGCAAUAUGAUAAAUGUCUGAAAUGUUAAUUAACUGUCAGUACCUUUUAACUUGGUAAAAGUAUUUAAUUAAUUGUAGUCAUGAAGAAAUAUUGGCACAUUAAUAAAAAAUAAAGCUGAUCUUUGAUUUAUAGUGAGCUACACCAGUUUUGUGUAUCAAAUGAUUGCAUGUACAAAAAUUAAUUGUCCAAUCCAUUUCUCCCCAAUUUUACAAUCUCAAAGCAGGUUGAGGUCUUUUUGUAGACAUUUGUACAAACAGGUAACAUGAACAGUAACAAGAAAGGUAAAAUGAAAAUCUUUAGACAAAUCUUUAACCUAACCUCACACAACAUUUAUUAGAAUUUUAACCAGUAAGGGCAGUUUUAUAAAUUUAUUACAAUUUAUUGAAUGAGAAAACUGGUCUUAUGAAUUUGCAGACUGUUUUUUGAACAGGGUAUUUAUUUGCUGUAAAUGAGGCUGACUUUCCAUUUGUAUCUUUUUGAAGUUGUAGUUAAUAAAAGGGUUCCUUUGCAAAAUACUGUAAUGUGUUUUAAAGUCACGUUAGAUGACACUAGAUUUAAUCUGCACCGUAAAUGCGAAUUCAUGUUAUCUGAAGCACUUUACCUGAUGUUCGGUUAUGGUGUCUUGGUCUUGUUGUCAUGUAUUAAAUCAGUUAUAUACAUUUGGGUUUGUUUUUGUUUUCAACUUUGUUUAAUUACAUGUUAUUGAUACAUGUAACUGGUUGUAUGAACCUGGAUAACUAUCACAGGCAGUGAAAAACACCUGGAUACUUCCAUGUUUAUGUGUGUACAUGUAGAGACCUUUACUCAAACUCAGGAAAUGAUUUAUGAUGCAGAAUUUGCAAUAAAUAGUGCUGUCAUACACCCUCUUGGCUCAUUGUCUGGUGGUUAUCAGGGGUCCAUAGAAUCACUGUUACAUUCCAAGCAUACAAUUCGACCUGUAGUAACCAUAGGUCACCAAUGGCAGUGAAAAUCAUUUGGGUUUUCGCAAUCACAUUUUUUACC